AUGAAGAUCCGCACCAAGCACUCGCCCUUGCUCUUCCUCCUCCUCCCAUCCAUUGCCUACGCGCUGUCAUCCCAUGACAUUGCCGACCUACCAGCUCCGGCCGCGGUCCCAGAGGCAACAAAUGAGAUACCACAGGCUGGCCUCAACCGACACGAUGUCCCGACCAAGGACGCCCCCGUCGAUGGUAAGGAUGGAAAGCCUCACCAUGGGCCUUUCAUCGAGACGACGGAUGACCACAAGCGGACAAACGCGGCCGCCGCUGGAUCUGCUGAGGGCGACCCGGAUACCCUCCCUCAGCUCAAGGGCCGACCCGUUGACCCAACUAUCGUGGAUGGUAAGAAGAUCCCCGAGACCAACGACGGCGUCAUGUUCGACACGAAUCGAGUCCAUGCUCAAGAGGGUACCACCGGGACCGAAGGCGGCGUGACCGAAAAAUACAAGGCAAAGAAGCUUGAGGAGGACCUCAACGGAGCGAGUUUCAAGAAGCCCGAGGCUCCUAAGGAGGCGCCUCCUCUGCCACACAGCGAGGAAGAAAAGAUCCGCGCGUCUGGAGGUGUGGUGAAGGAACCCGGCAAGGAUGCUGAGGAGGUCGGGUCAGAGUAUGAGAAAGAGAAGGAAGGAGAGGCUGUUAAGCCUCUUGUCAAGGGCAACAAGGGUAACGAUGAUAUGGAUUUUACUGGACUGGAUAAGCCAGAUGAUCUCCCCGAACGACCUGUUGGACAGAACGCACCUUUCCAUGAUUCCGCUAAGAAGGAACCUACCGAGCCGAGCAGAGGAUCAACUCACGGCCAACAAGAUGACGAUCACCUCAGCCAGCCCUUCCACUCCUUCGUUCUAUCCUUUACCAUGAUUUUGGUCUCCGAGGUUGGAGACAAGACUUUCCUAGUUGCUGCCCUGAUGGCUAUGAAGCACGACCGGAUGGUGGUCUUUACUGCCGCCUUUGGUGCCCUGCUUGUCAUGACAGUGCUCUCAGCUGUCCUGGGCCAUGCUGUUCCCGCCUUGAUCCCUAAGCGCCUGACCGGUUUCCUCGCUGCCAUUCUCUUCUUUGUCUUUGGAGCCAAGCUGAUGCGGGAGGGUCUCCAGAUGGACCCCAACGAGGGUGUCUCUGCUGAGAUGCACGAGGUUGAGCAAGAGCUUGCCGAAAAGGAAAAGGAGAUGGGCCGCAAGCGAGGCGAUUCCGUGUCGGCUUACACCCUCGAGAUGGGUCUCAAUGGCAACGGCCGAAGGUCUCGACCCAGCAACCGCUUGAUGUCUCCUCCCCGAUCGCCUUCUCAGUCCCCUGUUCGGGAAUCCCGUGGUGGUUCGUCUGGCAUCUUCCAAGGAGUAACCAACCUCUGCUCUCUUCUGCUUAGCCCGGCUUGGGUUCAGACCUUUAUCAUGACCUUCCUGGGCGAGUGGGGUGACCGAAGUCAGAUUGCUACCAUCGCCAUGGCUGCCGGACAAGAUUACUGGUGGGUUACUCUUGGUGCUAGCUGUGGCCAUGCCAUCUGCACUGGUGUUGCAGUCAUUGGCGGUCGGGCCAUCGCCGGUCGAGUCAGCCUCAAAGUUGUCACUGUCGGCGGUGCCGGUGCCUUCCUCAUCUUUGGUGUUCUUUACCUCUUCGAGUCUCUCUACGGCUAA